UUGGCAGAAUGAAAGGGUAGAAAGAAAAAGUUAAAAAGAGAGAAAAAAAAGCAUCAGAUUCGGUUGUCUAGUGCUGAAUUUUAUGCCAGAAAUCAACCAAAAGAACAGAUGAAAAGGAUGGAGGAAGUGCCUAACAAGUCCAAGCUCCAAGCUCAAGAGACAAGAGCAAUAUACGGCAUUCCAGGAGAUGGUAGAUGUUUGUUUAGAUCUGUGGUCUAUGGUGCAUGUCUAAGAUCAGGGGAAUCAUCUCCAAGUCUUAGCAGGCAAAAAGAACUCGCAGAUGAACUCAGAGCCAAGGUUGUGGAUGAAUUCAUAAAGAGGAGGGCAGACACUGAGUGGUUUCUAGAAGGUGACUUUGAUACCUAUACAGUACAGAUGCGAAAGCCUCAAUAUGAGGAGGAGAACCUGGACUUCUCAUGUCCUCACAUGUUUUACAGCUAAGUCUAUUAUUUUCAUUUACAAAACUUUCAUGCAUAUAUGAUUUGCCUAGAAUAUAGUAUUGAUUUCUUUUUAAGUGGCAUAAGUAUUAGUUCGUUCCAAAUCAAUUAUUUUCUCAUGAUAAUUCCAUGCAUCAUAGAUAGUGUAACAAAAAUAUUAAUCUUGCGUUUGAAUAGUGAUUUCAAAAAUUCAGAAAAUUUAGAAUAUUUGGAAUUUAAAUUGCUAGAAUUAAAUUUCUUCCAUUUCAUAAAUAUUUUUUUUUGUAUAAAGUAAUUUAAUUUUUCUAAGUUUUAAACUUUUUGU